AUGUCUGGACUAUUCGGAUUGAUGGAUGGUUACAAACACUUCAUGGAGAAACAUUCUGAUCCACGGACGACAGAUUGGUUUCUAUCUGGAAAACUGGGACAUUUAAUAGUGAUUCUAGUAACAUAUGUAUACUUCUGUACAAAGGCUGGACCAAAAUAUAUGAAACACAGGAAACCUUAUGAACUCAAAAGGACCAUACAAAUAUACAAUCUCAUCCAAGUAUUUUCCAGCAUGUAUCUAGUUUACGAAGGAUUAGAAGCAGGAUGGGCAACAGACUACAAAUUUGCUUGUCAACCAGUAGUACCAGGAGAAAAAGGAAUGAGGAUGGCCAGAGGAGUGUGGUUAUAUUUCUUCUUCAAACUAACAGAAUUAUUAGACACGGUAUUUUUCGUUCUUAGGAAAAAGUACAACCAAGUCACGUACCUACACUUAUAUCAUCACACCCUCAUGCCAGUCUGUGCUUGGAUUGGUGUGACAUUUUUGCCAGGUGGACAUGGAACUUUACUCGGUCUUAUCAACUCCUUCAUUCACGUGAUCAUGUAUGCAUAUUAUUUCCUUUCUUCGCUGGGGCCACAAUACCAGAAGUACCUUUGGUGGAAAAGGCAUUUGACAAAAAUGCAGAUGGUCCAGUUUUGCAUAAUAUUUGUGCACAACUUCCAAGUACUCUUCCGAGAAUGCGGCUAUCCUAGACCUAUAAAUUAUCUAUUAUGCGUUCAAGCCGCCUAUUUCCUGUAUCUUUUUGGACGUUUCUAUGUCAAGCAGUAUUUGAGAGAAAAACAGAAGGUUAUCGAAAAAGAAUCCGAUUGCAAAGAAGAAGCACACAAAUCAUCAAACGGUACUUCGGCAGCCAAAAUGAAUGGAGCAGUGCAGACUGACAGUGUACAAAACAAAAUCAAGGCGAAUUAA